CAUAGAGCUAGCUUCUCUCUUUUACAGAAAGGACCAAGAGUUUGAUAUAUGGAAAGGCCCUUUGAUCCACUUAUUGUUGGGAGGGUGGUAGGAGAUGUACUGGAUAACUUCACUCCAACAGUGAGGUUGAUGGUGACCUACAACUCCAACAAGCUGGUUCUUAAUGGCAGGGAGCUCUUGCCUUCUUGGCUUAUCCAUAAGCCAAGGCUUGAGAUCCUUGGUGGUGAUAUGAGAACCUUUUUCACUCUGGUCAUGGUGGAUCCAGAUGUUCCAAACCCAAGUGAUCCAUAUCUUAGAGAACACUUGCACUGGAUGGUAAUGGAUAUUCCAGGAACUACAGAUGCUACAUUUGGAAGGGAGGUGGUGGAGUAUGAAAUACCAAACCCUAAUAUUGGAAUACAUAGAUAUGUAUUUGUGAUCUUCCAACAACGUAGCCGGUUUGUUGAAAUGCCAAGGCAGCCCGAGAGGGAGCGGUUCAAUACACGGCGGUUCGCCGGGGAGAACGGGCUUGGUGCUCCGGUCGCCGCCGUCUUCUUCAAUGCACAGAGGGAAACAGCUGCAAGGAGAAGAUGAUGAUCACCAUCAUCACCACAUGCAAGUACUGAUCAGUCACUAUGGAUGAUGGAUGGUUAAUUAGGGUUUUUUUCUUAAUGCAUGCAUUGUUUUACGUUAUUGUUCUUUAAGUUUUCCAAGUGUUGUGUUUGGUUUGAACUCUGAAGUCUAGUGUUUUAGUAGUAGUAGCUAGUGUUGUUGUUCUUCUUAUUAUAUUAUUAUUAUAUUAUUAUUAUUAUUUUGAUGUGACGAUGCGGUGUUUCAAGUCAUGCACUAAUUGU